GUCUCUGGAAAGGACAAAACCGUGGUGUCGUCCUUCUGGGAUAAAGCGACUCCGAAAGCCCCUGAGAUUGGAGCAGAAGCUCUGGGCCGGUUGGUUUUCAUUAUUUUCUGUUUUGACGAUGAUGCUGAUCCGCAAACCAAGACCUACUGUUCUCACUGGGCCGACCUGAGUCCAGAUUGUGCACAGGUGAAGAUGCACGGCGCCAACAUCAGCGUCGGGAAUAUGGACGACCUUGUUGGAGGUCUGGCCAAUCUAAGCUAGCUACAUCCUUUCAAGCUCAGAGUGGACCCUGCCAACUUCAGGAUUCUUGCUCACAACAUCAUCUUGUGCAUGGCCAUGUUCUUCCCCGAGGACUUCACCCCUGAAGUCCACGUCUCCUUUGACAAGUUUCUACAGAACUUGUCUUUGGCGCUGUCCGACAGAUACCGCUAAACUCCAGAUUCAGGCGCUGCAUGGAGCGUGUCAUCCGCCACACUACCAACAUCCAUUUUAUAAUAGAAGAACUCAGUUACUAUGUGAAAUUAAUACACGCUUACGUUUCUUUUACUUUAGUCACAGUAGAUACUUGUAUUUUUUUUUAAAUUCUCAAUAAAAUAAAACUGUUUAACUUGCUCCGACAGCACACACCUCGGACACGCCCCUUUACUCUUUAACUUGUGAAGGGUGCCCUGGUGUGUCGUCUCUCAUCCAACACAUUAAAUUAGAAAUUCUGA